CCCCGUAAGUCGUUAGAGGCGCCAUAUUUGAUGCAUAAUCACAACUGGAUGAAAAGUGGUGCAUCUGAGCUAGUAGAUCUGUGACGACUGCCGUUUUUUUAAAAUUAUCAAAAUAUCUUAAAACGUGAAAUAUGAAUGUAAUAGAUCAUGUGCGCGACAUGGCGGCCGCCGGACUCCACUCAAACGUGCGGAUACUGAGCAGCCUGUUGCUGACGAUGAGCAACAACAACCCGGAACUCUUCUCCCCUGCACAGAAGUACCAGCUGCUCGUGUACCACGCAGACGCUCUCUUCCACGAUAAGGAGUACCGCAAUGCGGCUUGCAAGUAUAGCAUGGCCCUGCAGCAGAAGAAGGUGCUGAGCAAGACGUCCAAAGUGCGCCCUUCCACGGGUGGGACAGCCUCCUCGCUGCAGGCACAGAGCCUCCCUUCAGAGAUUGAGGUGAAGUAUAAGAUUGCGGAGUGCUACACCAUUCUGAAGCUGGACAAGGAUGCCAUCUCUGUGCUUGAUGGAAUCCCUUCACGGCAAAGAACCCCCAAGGUCAACAUGAUGCUGGCAAACCUGUACAGGAAGGCAGGGCAGGAGCGCUCAGCCGUAACCAGCUACAAGGAGGUGCUCAGGCAGUGUCCUCUGGCACUUGACGCUAUCAUUGGGCUUCUCUCUCUGUCGGUGAAGGGAGCUGAGGUGGCUUCCAUGACAAUGGAUGUGAUGCAGAGUGUCCCCAACCUGGACUGGCUUUCGGUUUGGAUCAAAGCCUAUGCCUUCAUCCAUGCUGGGGAGAACCUGCGGGCCAUCAACACCAUAUGCUCUCUAGAGAAGAAGUCCCUGCUGCGGGACAAUGUGGACCUCCUGGUGAGCCUGGCGGACCUCUACUUCCGAGCAGGCGACACCAAGAAUGCAAUCCUCAAGUUUGAGCAAGCUCAGAUGCUGGACCCUUACCUCAUCAAAGGUAUGGACGUGUAUGGCUACCUGAUGGCACGUGAGGGACACUUGGAGGACGUUGAGGUGCUGGGAGGGCGGCUGUUUAAUAUCUCGGACCAGCACGCCGAACCCUGGGUCAUAUCCGGGUGCCACAGCUUCUACAGCAAGCGCUACUCCCGCGCUCUCUACCUGGGUGCCAAGGCCAUCCAGCUUAACAGCAACAGUGUACAGGCGCUGCUCCUGAAGGGGGCGGCGCUGCGCAACAUGGGACGCGUGCAGGAGGCCAUCAUCCACUUCCGCGAGGCCAUGCGCCUCGCACCUUGCCGGCUCGAUUGUUACGAAGGCCUGAUCGACUGCUACUUGGCCUCCAACGGAAUCCGUGAAGCCAUGGGUAUGGCCAACAACAUCUACAAGACGCUGGGUGCCAAUGCUCAGACACUCACCAUCUUGGCCACGGUGUGUCUGGAGGACCCUAUGACCCAGGAGAAGGCCAAGACUCUGCUGGACAAGGCCUUGGCCCAGAGGCCUGAUUACACCAAGGCUGUGGUGAAAAAGGCAGAGCUGCUGAGUAGGGAACAGAAUUACGAAGAAGGGAUCGCUCUGCUGCGACAGGCCCUGGCCAAUCAGAGUGACUGUGUGCUGCACAGGAUGCUGGGUGAUUUUCUGGUGGCAGUCAACGACUAUCAAGAAGCAAUGGACCAGUAUAGCAUAGCUCUUAGCCUGGAUCCCAAUGACCAGAAGUCCCUGGAGGGCAUGCAAAAGAUGGAGAAGGAGGAGAGCCCCACAGAAGCUACGGUGGAGGAGGACGGCGACGACAUGGAGGGCAGCGGUGAGGACCCUGACCUGGAGGGUAGCGACAGCGAGGCAGCACAGUGGGCCGACCAGGAGCAGUGGUUCGGAAUGCAAUGACCUCUGACCUGCUCCCACCAGGGGACACUUGAGCUGCCGUGUGGCCCAGCUUGCUGUUUCUGAAUGUGCGUUUUAUGGCUUUGAGUGGAACGUGUCUCUGGGGGAGGGCUUCUGGGCAGGAGCUGUCCUCCAGUGGGGCGAUUCCUGACUCCCAGCAGCAGACCAGCGCCCCCUGGAAAGCAUCAGCAGGAUUCACACGCAGAGUGAGUGCGCAGGCCUGGUUUGGAGACCCGCCUCUGCUCUGCCUUUACCGUGGGUCUUCUGGUACAUUGUGUUCAUUCUGUUGCUCUUGCUACACAUGUCUUUUGGUCUACCAGGUCUUCACUCAAGGUUCAGGGGUUUCCCCACGUUGGGGUGACGGACAUCGAUUUGUUAAAAUGCAAGCGGAAAUGGCUCAUUUAGUGCUCAGGUAGAUGGAAACCCCUACAGCAGCCUGCAGCCCCCACCAGGUGUAGAGACGUUUGCGGGGCGCUGGGUCUCCAAGCUUCAUUUUAAGGAAAUUCACAUGUCGCAACUUCUCAUAUUUUUGUACCACUCAUGUUGUGCUUUACUUUUAACAAGAAACGUGCCAAUCAUGUAAUCAGAAUUGCAUUCCUGGGAAUACUAGUAAAUUCACAAUGGGUGUCUGAGCGUUAACUGUACAUACACUGUAAGAGGUCACUUUGGGUAGUUGAAUGUAAAAGAAAA